ACGUCAGUUAAAGUACGCAAAGUUUCAACUGAGAAUUAGAAAACCAUCUAAAGGUAAUCAUAAAUGUGCUUCCAGCCCAAUGCUUCAACUUGCAAUCCGUCCUAUAUAGCUUUGUAGUCUCAGGUCCUCCUACUAUAUGCGUCUGGCAAGCGCAGCUCAGCAGAGUAGGGGAUGCAGUGAUGCGGGUUCUUUUGAGGUUGCUUCCUCGCGAUGAAACCACCUGGCUAAGCCUCCUUGCAACGCUGCCCUCUAGAGCAUAGUCCGGAUUAAAACACUGUUUCAACAAUGCAGUGACGGUCCGCAGGGUUCCUGGGGCACCCCAAGCUUCAGGUGGCAGUCAUCCAGCGUCGCAGCGGGCCCAGAGGCUCUUUUCCGGGUGCACCUCUCGCGUCCAAACCCAACAGGCUACGUGGAGGAGGCCGACCGCCGCGUUCUGUCCUCCGCGAUCCCAACCUCCCUUGCGCCAAUGACAGGUCCGGCUGCCUCGCUGAGCACUUCUACCCCACCGCGGCGCCUCUCUAUGAUCUGCGGCCGGUUUUAAGGCUGGUGUCAUGGCGGCGAGCGUCGAGUUGGCAGGGCCAGCCCUCGGAACCGGGGGAAGUUACUAAAGCUGAGGGAGAAGUGGCCGGCCUGGAGGGCGGAAAGGCGUGAGAAUGAGCAGAGGCCCAGCGAGUGUGGCUGUAUCACCAGAAGCGGGAGCCCGGUGAAGCUCUGGAUCGGGCCUUGGCGUUUUCAAUUGACCCGUUUGGGGUUCCAAGCCGGAGUACGUUGAUCGGGACUCCGUUCCGCAACGGCUCAGAACAGUCGGCGGGGGCGUCUGGCCGCGCUGGGCGCUUUUCUCUGAGCUGACUAGGUGGUUCCCGAAACCCGCAGCGAUGUCGUCCUGGCUUGGAGGCUUGGGCUCCGGCUUGGGCCAAUCGCUGGGUCAAGUGGGGGGCAGCCUGGCUUCCCUCACUGGCCAGAUCUCAAACUUCACCAAGGAUAUGCUGAUGGAGGGCACCGAGGAAGUGGAAGAUUUAUCUAAUUCUGGAAGAAAGGAAAUUGAAGCCAUCCACGCAGUCUUAAAAUCAGAGAAUGAAAGACUUAAAAAACUUUGUAGUGACCUAGAAGAGAAGCACGAAGCAUCAGAACUUCAAAUAAAGCAGCAGUCUACAAGUUAUCGAAAUCAAUUGCAACAGAAAGAGGUAGAGAUCAGCCAUCUUAAAGCAAGACAGAGCGCACUGCAGGACGAGCUGCUGAAGCUGCAGCCAGCUGCUCAGGCAGUGCCUGCAGGGGCCGGCGGGGUAGCAGCACCCACUGCAUCAUCCUCCAUCAGCUAUGCGAUCCAUCACGGUGCUUCGGCCAUGUAUGCUGAUGACAUGGACUUUGGUGACCUGCUUUCAUCACAACAGGAAAUAAACAGAUUGUCCAAUGAAGUCUCAAGACUUGAAUCUGAGGUUGGCCACUGGAGGCGGGUUGCCCAGACACAAGGAACUUACAGCUCUGAUCAAAGUGAAAUCUGCAAACUGCAAAAUGUUAUUAAGGAACUGAAACAGAGCCGAAGCCAGGAAAUUGAUGACCAUCAACAUGAAAUGUCAGUAUUACAGAAUGCACAUCAACAAAAGCUGACGGACAUAUGUCAUCGACAUCGAGAGGAAUUAAGCAGCUAUGAAGAACGAAUUGAAGAACUUGAAAAUCUGUUACAGCAAGGUGGCUCAGGAGUUUCAGUAACUGAUAACUCUAAGAUGUAUGAAUUACAGAAAACCAUUCAGGUUCUACAAACUGAAAAAGUGGAAUCUACAAAAAAAAUUGAAGAGCUUGAGGACAAAAUAAAAGACAUGAAUAAAAAAUUAUCUUCUGCAGAAAAUGACAGAGACAUUUUGAGCAGACAACAAGAACAGCUAACUAUGGAAAAGAGACAAAUAAUUGAACAGUGUGAAAACUUGAAACUGGAAUUGAAGACUUAUGCCAUGAAGCAAAGUGAUACUGCAAAAGAAAAGGAAAGAGUUCUUACACAGAGUUCCCCCACGGAAGAAGUAUUUAGACCACAACAAGUACUGUCUGAUGCUGAGAAUGAAUUAAUGAAACUGAGUAGUUUGAACCAGGAUAAUAAUCUUGCUGAAGACAAUGUGAAACUUAGAAUGCGUGUUGAAGUCUUAGAAACAGAAAAGUCAUUGUUGAGUCAAGAAAAGGAAGAACUGCAGAUGUCACUCUCAAAACUGAGCAAUGAAUAUGAAGUAAUUAAAAGUACAGCUGAGAAAGACCUGAAUUUGGAUUCAGAAUUGCACAACUUACGAUUUAUGUUGGAGACAAAGGAAAAGGAACUGAAUGAGAGUGUCAGUGAAAAGGCAAUGCUGAUAGCUGAGUUAGAAGAAUUAGACAAACAGAACCAAGAAGCUACAAAGCAUGUGAUUUUGAUAAAAGAUCAGCUAUCAAAACAACAAAGUGAAGGUGAUGGCAUUAUAAAGAAACUGAAACACGAGCUAGAUGAUGAAAUAAAGAGAGCUCAUCAGCUAGAAGAGGACAAAGUGAACAUCAGUCAAGAGUUAGACCUGCAGAAAGAAAAGUUAACUCAGAAUGAACUGGUUUUAAAUGAUUUGUAUUUAACCAAGAAAAAACUUGAGGACGAAAUAACAGAUUUAGUAGAUCAAUUAAGCAAAGCACAGAAAAAUAAUGUAAAUAUCCAGAAGGAGAAUUUUCAACUCCAGGAACAUAUCAGACAAAAUGAAGAGGAACUGUCUAGAGUCAGGUGUGAGUUAACUCAGUCUCUUAAUCAAGCCUCGAGCAGACAUAUCAAGGACGACGUACUUAAAGAAAGGGAAACUGAAGUUAGAAACUUAAGUCAGAAUCUUUCAGAAACAAAACAAGUCAAUGAAAAUUUAAAGAAAGUUGUUUUUGAUCUCAAAAUGGAAAAUGAAAGGUUGGUUUUAGAAUGUGAAGAUACCAGGCAUCAGUUGGAAGAAUCUAUCGCUAGUAAUAAACAGAUUUCUCAGGAAAGAAACAUUAUUGUAGAGACACUCAAAAGGGAAAAGGAACAGGCAGAAGCACAAAGAGAGUUUUUGGAAGAAGCAAACAAGUAUAAGCAAACUGUUGAGGAACUGUCAAAUGCAAGUGCCUCUGCCUUACAACUGGAACGUGAGCAUCUACUUAACCUCCAUCGAGAGAAAGACUUUGAAAUAGCAGGACUUAAAAAGAAUAUUGAGCAAAUGGCUAGUGAUCAUAAAGAAAAUAAGGAAGCUUUGUCAUCAAGUUUAGAAAAACAGAAGCAACUGACACAAGUCAUAAAUGAGAAAGAUAUUUUUAUUGAUAAACUUAAAGAAGAGAGUUCAAAGCUACAGGAGGAAUUAGCUAAAUGUUCUGAAGCCUUAAGAAAAAAUGAAAUUUUAAGGCAGACCAUAGAGGAAAAGGAUAGAAGUCUUGGAUCUAUGAAAGAAGAAAAUAAUCAUCUGCAAGAAGAACUGGAGCGACUCAAAGAACAGCAGAGUCGAGCUCUACCUGUGGCUGAGCCUAAAACCCUCGAAAGUGUCACAGAACUAGAAUGUGAGGUGUCUCAGCUGAAUAUCAUCAAAAACCAUCUAGAAGAAGAAAUUAAACAUCAUCUAAAGAUAAUUGAAGAUCAAAACCAGAGUAAGAUGCAACUACUUCAGUCUCUGCAGGAGCAGAAGAAGGAAAUGGAUGAGUUUAAAUACCAACAUGAGCAGAUGAAUGUCACACAUACCCAGCUUUUUUUAGAGAAAGAUGAAGAAAUUAAGAACUUACAAAAAACAAUUGAACAAAUAAAAUCCCAGUUAGAUGAAGAAAGACAGGAUAUUCAAACAGAGAAUUCUGAUAUUUUUCAAGAUACUAAAGUUCAGAGUCUUACCAUAGAAAAUGGAAGUGAAAAGCAUGAUUUAUCUAAAGCUGAAACUGAGAGAUUAGUGAAAGGAAUAAAAGAACGAGAGCUAGAGAUUAAACUUCUAAAUGAAAAGAAUAUAUCUUUAACUAAACAGAUUGAUCAGCUGUCCAAAGAUGAGGUUGGUAAACUCACCCAGAUUAUCCAGCAGAAAGACUUGGAGAUACAGGCUCUACAUGCUAGGAUUUCUUCAGCUGCCUAUACCCAGGACAUUGCUUAUCUUCAGCAGCAGUUACAGGCCUACGAUGUGGAAAAAGGAAAACUAUUUGCUGUUCUAGAUGAGAAGACAAGGGAAAAUAGCCAUCUAAAAAGUGAAUAUCACAAAAUGAUAGAUAUCAUUGCUGCCAAAGAAGCAGCCCUCCUUAAAUUGCAAGAUGAAAAUAAGAAACUGUCCACAAGAUUUGAAAGCAGUGGCCAAGAUAUGUUUAGAGAAACUGUUCAGAAUUUAUCUCGUAUCAUUCGAGAAAAAGACAUUGAAAUAGAUGCACUAAGUCAGAAAUGUCAGACUUUAUUGGCAGUUUUACAGACUUCCGGCACUGAUAAUGAAGGAGGUGUUAAUAGUAACCAAUUUGAGGAGCUCCUGCAGGAACGUGAUAAAUUAAAGCAGCAAGUAAAGAAAAUGGAAGAAUGGAAGCAGCAAGUGAUGACCACAGUACAAAAUAUGCAGCACGAGUCAGCCCAGCUUCAGGAAGAACUUCACCAGCUUCAGGCGCAAGUUUUGAUUGACAGUGAUAAUAACUCAAAGUUACAGGUGGACUACACUGGCCUGAUCCAAAGUUAUGAGCAGAAUGAAACCAAACUCAAAAACUUUGGGCAGGAAUUGGCGCAAGUUCAGCACAGCAUCGGCCAGCUCUGCAGUACAAAGGAUCUUCUUUUAGGGAAGCUUGACAACAUUUCACCCCAUCUGUCUUCUGGCUUACUUAAACCAAGUACAUCUGCUGUAUCAAGCGAUUCUUCUCAGACGCUUCAACUAGAGAUAGACAAGCUAAGAAAAUCACUGCAAGAAAAAGAUGCAACCAUUAGAACUCUCCAGGAAAAUAAUCACAGAUUGUCUGAUUCACUUGUAGCUACCUCAGAGCAAGAAAGAAAAGAAUACGAACGAACUGAUUCAGAAGUUAAGCAGCUAAAAGAGAAACAAGAGGUUUUACAGAACUUACUUAAGGAAAAAGAUUUCUUAAUCAAAGCCAAAAGUGAUCAGUUACUUUCUUCUAAUGAAAAUUUCACUAACAAAGUGAAUGAAAAUGAGCUUUUGAGGCAGGCAGUAACAAACCUAAAAGAGAGAGUAUUAAUUCUAGAAAUGGAAAUUGCUAAACUAAAAGUAGAAAAUGAAAAAAUUGUAGAAACGUCCAGGGCAAAAGAAACUGAAUACCAGGCAUUACAAGAGACUAACAUGAAGUUUUCUAUGAUGCUUCGAGAAAAAGAAUUUGAAUGCCAUUCAAUGAAAGAGAAGGCUGUUGCUUUUGAGCAGCUGUUGAAAGAAAAAGAACAGGGCAAGACUGGGGAGUUAAAUCAACUUUUAAAUACAGUUAAAGGAAUGCAGGAGAAGACAGUUACAUUUCAACUGGAGAGAGACCAAGUCACCUUGUCCCUGAAACAGAAACAAAUGGAAAACAAUGCCCUACAGAAUGAGGUUCAGCACUUACGUGACAAAGAGUUACGGUUAAAUCAGGAGCUAGAGAGGUUGCGUAACCAUCUUUUAGAAUCAGAAGAUUCUUAUACCCGGGAAGCUUUGGCUGCAGAAGACAGAGAGGCCAAACUAAGGAAGAAAGUUACCGUACUGGAGGAAAAGCUAAUUUCGUCCUCUAAUGCAAUGGAAAAUGCAAGUCAUCAAGCCAAUGUGCAGGUAGAGUCACUGCAGGAGCAGUUGAACAUGGUCUCCAAGCAGAGGGAUGAAACUGCACUGCAGCUGUCGGUCUCUCAGGAGCAAGUAAAGCAGUAUGCUCUGUCGUUAGCCAACCUGCAGAUGGUUCUAGAGCACUUCCAGCAAGAGGAAAAAGCUAUGUAUUCUGCUGAGUUAGAAAAGCAAAAACAACUUAUAGCUGAAUGGAAGAAAAAGGCGGAAAGUCUAGAAGGAAAGGUGUUGUCUUUACAGGAGCAUUUGGAUGAAGCAAAUGCUGCUUUGGAUUCAGCAUCAAGACUUACAGAACAGUUGGAUGUAAAGGAAGAACAAAUUGAAGAACUUAAAAAACAAAAUGAGCUCCGACAAGAAAUGUUGGAUGAUGCACAAAAGAAAGUGAUGAACUUAGUAAACAGCACAGAAGGGAAAGUUGACAAAGUCCUUAUGAGAAAUCUCUUCAUUGGUCAUUUCCACACACCAAAAAACCAGCGUCAUGAAGUGUUCCGAUUAAUGGGAAGCAUCCUGGGUAUUAAAAGGGAAGAAAUGGAACAGUUGCUUAAUGAAGAUCAGGGAGGUGUAACUAGGUGGAUGACUGGGUGGCUUGGAACAUCAAAAAGUGUCCCCAAUACACCCCUGAGACCCAAUCAACAAUCUGUGCUUAACAGUUCUUUUUCAGAACUUUUUGUUAAAUUUCUAGAAACAGAAUCUCAUCCAUCUGUUCCACCACCAAAGCUUUCUGUUCAUGACAUGAAACCCCUCAGUUCACCAAGACAGAGAGAAUUAAAUACAAAUGUAUCAGAAGCCUUGAAAGAUACCGCAGAAUCCAGGGCCGGCAGAAGAACAGACAUGAAUGCGUUCUUGGCCCCCCGCUCUGCAGCUGUGCCUCUUAUUAACCCAGCUGGGCUUGGACCUGGUGGGCCUGGGCAUCUGCUUUUGAAACCCAUCUCAGAUGUUCUGCCCACGUUUACACCUUUGCCAGUGUCUCCUGACAACAGCGCUGGAGCUGUACUAAAGGACCUUUUAAAGCAAUAGUGAUUCGCGAGCCUGUGACGUUAAGCACUUUAGAGAAACCAUCAACACUAUGUGUAUAUACUUUAUCACAAAGUGGCCUUUUGGAAGAAAUCAUGCAUUUGUUUGCAGCUAUUAAUUCCCUAAAUUUAAUAAAAAUAUUCUUAACUCUUAGAAA